AUGUCGGCCCCCGGGGCGAGGGGCUCCGUGUUCUCGGUCUCCCAGCCCUCCGCCGGCCGGCUCGGCUCGGCGGAUUCGGUGCUGGGGAGCUUCAGCCGCGAGGUGGCCAAGGUCGGCAGCGUGCGCUCCCUGCUGAAGUUGUUGCAGAAAAUCCUGAAGACAUCUGAUAAAGAAACUGAACAACCUGCUGACGUCCACAGUUUAGUCCCCUGUGGAGAUGUGGUUGGUUGCCUGGCUGUUCAUGUGAAGGUGUGCAAAGAUUUUACAUCAAAAUUUGAUAUACAGCAAAAUACAAACUUGCUGCUUCGUAUUAGUGUUAACGAAGUCAUGAAAUGCACAAAUCCACAAACUUUCAAAUCACAGUUAAAGAAGAACAGAAAGGACAUUGUGAUUCAUUUUGAAGAUGUGAAAUAUUUUUCUGUACAGGUUCCAAGGCGGCAAGAGGAUGAGCGGAAUAGGAUUAUUCUAGAAUUGGUAGGAUUUCAAGGUCCAAAAGACUUUCCAAGGUUGCUGGGGAGUGCAACUGUACACCUUUAUGAAGUCAUUAAGAAAGGCCACUUCAUUGAAACAUGUGCCAUGAGGAUUGGAAAUAUGGUUUUCUGCACAGCAGAAGUGGAGUUUAUGUUCUGCUAUGGAAGUUUCGGAUAUGGCUACUCGCACCAGCUGAAACAUUCUGCAGCAGAUCUUCGGAAGACCACUAAACAUUCCAUGUUUAUUCGGAUUCCACAACCUGAAGACAGAACAGAUCCUCAAAGUAAUAUUACCACAUCACAACACAUGGGAUACCCAGCAUUCUUAUCCCCAGAUCUGAAUGUGAGAGAAGAGACUCUUGAGAAGGAUAUUCCUACAAAAUCUGAUGUGCCUUCUGAUGGUUUAGAAAUGCUUCAGAGUGUUCUGAAUAGAACGUCUCCUCGAAAAAGAUUGGAAAAAAUGAAAAAGGAAUAUCGGGGUCUGAAAACAUGGCCCGAAAAGGCUGAGUAUUUAGACCAACUCAUCAUGAAAAGGGGACCUAAAAUGACAACAGAGCAGAAUAUGGCUUCUCGCUUCAAGGAAAUGGUUGGAAAGAUACAACAUGCUACUGAGGAAGCAAUCAGAAGCUGUUCUGACACAUCAGCUGAUUCACAGUUACAGGAAGAGCAGCUGUCUGGAACUGAGACUGAACCCAGCAAGGAUUUUGACCUGCCCUUGAGAAUUGCAGAGACCAUACUGAGAAGUGUGAAAACAGAUUUAAGUGAUGCCCAGGAACAUGCAGAAUCUGAAGAAAAUCCUCUUUCUCUUACCAGAGAGACUGGAAUAUCUGCAUCUACUAUUUCUCAAAAACUGCCAACUAAGAAAGUAUCUGAAAAUCGGAAGAGGAAAUCUUCAGAAGAUCAAGGCAAAAUUGUGGACUCAAAAAGUAUUAUUGCUAUAGCUCUAGAGAGGGAAACAAAAUUGGGAAACAGUCGUGGCAAAGAAGUAAUAAAAGAUCUGGAACCAGCAGGCAUAUCAUCAAAGAAGCCUGACCUGUCAGGUUUAGAAAAUUAUCCAGUAAUAGAAAUACAGUACCAGCAACCUAUUCUUAGUGGAGACAAGUUUGAACCUUUUUUGAGACAUGUAGGUAGAACACAAUCAAGUGCACAGAAUGAAAAUAAAGAAGAUCAAGAAGUGCCUAUUUUCACUCUUCUGAAAAACAAACUUUCAUGUGCAGAGAUUAAAGAAGACCAAGAUCCACCUGUCAAGGCAUCUUCAACAUUUGCAGCAAGAAGUGCAGAUACUAUUUUAAGCAAGAACGGUCAGCACCUGUCCAUAUUAAAACUUAUAGAAUCAAAAAUGGAAUUAGAGGAGGAUGGGAUUAGCGUUAAAGAAGAGUCCCCAACACAGGCUAUAAGAACAGAUUUGCCAGAGAAAUGCAAAGAGGAAAGACUUUCAGAAACAGAAAUAGUACGUCUAAACUCUUUUUUAAGUAAAACUCUGGAAGACUUUCUUAUAGAUAGACUUAUAAAAGUAAUAAUGCUAAAAUCUGUUUUAAGCAAAAAUCUUGAUGGGUUUGUCGCAGAGAGACUUUCAGAAAUAGGGAUAGUCACAAAGAUAGAAUUAGGAGAAGAAUACCAGAACCUACAGAGUAUUAUAGAUGGAUCACCAGUUGUUUUAGAGAAAGAGUUACUUGAAAAAGGAAAAGAUAUUUCCAGGGAAAGGCUUUCAGAAGCAGAAAUAAUAAAUUUAAAAUCUGUUUUGAGUAAAAACCUGCAAGAUCGUCUCAUAGAGAGAUUUUCUGAAACAGGGAUAAUCACAGAUUUGGAGUUAGGAAAGCAGCACCAGAACCUAUCAUUGCAGGGAAUUAAAGAUAGAUCACCAGUGGUUUUGGAGAUGGAUUUAGCUGAGAAAAUGCAUGAUAGUUGUGAGAAGAGACCUUCAGAAAUGGAAAUAAAUCUUAAAUCUGUUGUAAACCAAAAUCUACAAUAUCUUCCCAUAGAGAGGCUUUUCGAAACAAGUCUAAUUGAAGAGGUGAAGUUAGGAAAGGAACACACAAACUUUUCUUUGUCAAGGAUUGAUGAGAGACAACCAAACCCUGAGGCAGAUUUAUCGAAGAAGAGGAAUGGUCAAUCCAGGGGAAAAUGUUCAGAACCUGAAAUAAUAAAAUAUCUAAGUCAAAACAUACAAAACUGUGCCGCAGAGAGUCAUUUACAAACAGGGAUAAACACAGAGAUGGAGUUAGGAAAAGAGCACCCAAACCACUCAAUGCAGAUCAGCAAAGUCGAAUUGCCAAUGGUUAUGGAGACAAAUUCACCUAGGAUAGGACAAGAUUGUCACAAGCAGAGGCUUUCAGAACAACAAAUAAAUCUAAAAUCUGCUUCAGACAAAACUCUCCAAGAUUCUCUCAUAGAAAGACUUUUGGAAACAGAAAUAAUGAGUCUAAAGGAUUUUUUAAACAAAUGUCUCCAGGAUCAUCUCCUAGAAAAACUCUCAGAAACAGGAUUAAUCACAAAAGAGGAAUUAGAGACCGUACAUCAGAACCAUUCCUUGCUGAACAUUCUGGAAGGAAAACCAAUGACACUGGAGACAGAAUUACACAAUAUAAGCCAAGUUCAUUCUGGUGAGAGUCUUGCUAAACCACAUAUAAUAAAAGGAGAACCUGUUUUAAGUGGACAUAUACAGGACUUCCUUCUUGAGGUACUCUCAGAAUCAGAAAUAAUGAAUCUAAAGUCAUUUUUAAGCAAAAAGAUCCAAGACCAUCUUGUAGAACGACUCUCUGAAAUAGGGUUGAUCACAGAGGAAGAGUUAAGGAAGAUAUACUACAAUUUGUUUGUGCUGAGAGCUAACAAAAGACUGUCAUGGGAUGUGGAAUCAGAUUUACCCGGGGAAGAGCAAAAUCUAAGUCUAAAAUCUCUUUUAACCAAAAACCUUAAAGAUAGACUUUCAGAAACAAAACUAGUACAUCUAAACUCUCUUUUAAGCAAAAUACUGAAGGAAGAUCAUAGAGACAAACUUUCUGAAACAGAAAUAAAAAGUCUAAAAUCUGUUUUAAGCAACAACUUGCAAAACCUUCCUAUAGAAAGUGCUUCAGAAACUGGGUUAAUCAAUGAGAUAGAAUUAAAGGGAGUAUGCCAGAAUGCUAAAGGAAAACCACUGAUAGUUACUGAUACAGAUAUACUUGAGAUAGGGCAAUGUCAUUCUAAGCAGAGUCUUGAUAAACUCACUAUAAUAAAUGAAAAGCCUAUUUUAAGAAAAGAGAAGUUAGAACUUCCUGUAGAGAAUGUUCCAGGACAAGUAACAUGUGUGAUGGCAAAUCUAAUCAAUGAAACCAAAAUUAAUAGUGUAAUACACCUUCCUCAAAAAAAUACUUUAGAAAAAGAGAGUCAAGACCCACAAAGAUGUUUUGGUAAAGCAGAAGUAGCAUAUUCAAACACAGAUUUUGACAAAUCUUUAAAACCAAAGCCCCCGAAUGAGACUUUGAAGGGAAUACAUGAAACAAUAGACUCACCUUCCUUACGUGCCCAUGAUAUUGCUAUCCAAACAGAACUUAAGGAAUAUCUCUGCAAACCAACACUGUCCUUUCCCGUAAACCCUCAAACAUUUAUCUUUGUACAUUCAGGGUCUGAGGAAGAAACUAAGUCACCAAACAAGUCUCAUGAGAAGUCAAAAGGCAAAAAAAAGCAUGCUAAGCGUUCUAAGAAGCACGUUGCAUCAUGCUACCCACCCCAGGGACAAGUAUUAAUGUGCACACAGUUUAAAAAGGAAAAACAUGGUUUGAAUAACUGUAAGGAGAUCUUAAAGGAAAAACAUAGAAAACAUUCUGAACCACCACCUCCAAGAUCAUGUGUUUCAGAAGCCAAGAAGGAUUCAAAAGACUCAGCAGUCUCAAACAUUUUGAAAAAGGAAAGCCUGAAGCAGAAAGCUGAGCAAGAAAGAGAGAAUGAUGGGAGACCAAAGAAAUCACUUAGCAAGUCUAUUAAGAUACCAACAGCCACAGUGUCUGAACCACAGCUACAGCACUCUGAAAAAGCAUUGCAAGAAAAAUCAUACGUGAGGAACGGUCUCUUUGAUUUGUUUGCUGGGAUUGACUUUAGUGGAACUGCCCAGAAUUAUGCAGAUAAAAAAGAAUUAGACAUGGAAAUGUUUAGUCAUCUUGAAAAAGCAGUUGAAAGGGCUCUGUGUGAUUUAGGAGAGGUUCCAGAAGUCAGCAUGUACCAGCCACUACAUUCUGCAAGACCACUCACUGCUCCAAGUAUUUGUAGUCAAAUUAAAGAGACCUGCAGAGUACAGCCUGCAAGUUCUUACACAACUUUACUUGAUCCUUCUGUUGUUGAUGAUCCAGGAAAUGCUACCAGUUCAAAAUUUGAUAUUCUAGACAGUCAAGAGCAGCAGGUGGAAAUGACUUCUGAAAAGUGGGCAGCUGUUUGUAAGAUUGUCCAAAGAAUAUUACAUCAGAACUUGAGACCCCAAAAGGAUGGCUAA